GUGUCCCGGAGACCACGUGGUUCCAGGAAGCGCUAGGGCCGGGAAGGUGGCUGCUUGCCCGACCCGGGACAGGCGAGGGGACUAGUGGGCGGAGCGGAGCGGGCUGUCCCGUGCCCUCCCCCAGCCAUGGGCGUGCAGCCCCCCAACUUCUCGUGGGUGCUACCGGGCCGGCUGGCGGGACUGGCACUGCCCCGGCUCCCCGCCCAUUACCAGUACCUGCUGGACCUGGGCGUGCGGCACCUGGUGUCCCUGACGGAGCGCGGGCCCCCGCACAGCGGCGGUUGCCCGGGCCUCACCCUGCACCGACUGCGCAUCCCAGACUUCUGCCCCCCGGCCCCCGAGCAGAUCGACCGCUUUGUGCAGAUCGUGGACGAGGCCAACGCCCGGGGAGAGGCCGUUGCAGUGCACUGUGCCCUGGGCUUUGGCCGCACUGGCACCAUGCUGGCCUGUUACCUGGUGAAGGAGCAGGGCCUGGCUGCAGGAGACGCCAUCGCUGAAAUCCGGCGCCUUCGACCCGGCUCCAUCGAGACCUAUGAGCAGGAGAAAGCAGUCUUCCAGUUCUACCAGCGAACUAAAUCUGGGCCUCAGCACCCUUCUGCCAGGCCCCUUCUCUCCUGACCUGUGUGCCAUACAGGGCCAGAGCGGUGGAUAUGGACUUAAAGUGCUAAGCCCGCCAGUCGCCAGGUGGCUCAAGGACUGAAAUGGCCCUUUUCUGCAGGCAGGUCCUGAUUGAAGGGGUGGCUGGAGCUGCAUUGAUUUUGGGGAGACCCUCUGCUGCUUCCUUGAAUAAAUAACUUACAAGACCCAG